UCGGCACAGUCACAUGUGUGGCGCCUGUUUAGUUUCACUUCCGCGUUUGAACAGAAACCGUUAAAUCAUUUCAAUAAUUCAAGAGUUUUAAUGCCGUUAUAGUCAGACGUUUGGUUUUUCAAUGUGUGAUCGUCGAUACCAGCGGAUACUUUGACGUUAUGUCGUUAAGUGUUGUUUAAAAUCAUCAACGCGACAGUUUGGAAAAGAGAAGAUCCCAGGCUGGCUCGACACAACUAGACAGCUAAUUAAGAUCUUUACUUUUAUUUAUCUACAGUAAACAAGGUCAUAGGAAUUCCGAAAGUGCCUGAAAGUCAUGUUGCUGUUUCUGAGAACAAUCGCUCCUCUUUUCGUACUACUUACUGGAGUGCAAGCUGCGUUCAUUACGGACAACUGCAAGCUGAUUUCAGAUAGCGAGUCUGAGAAAAAUGCACUCCAUUUACUGGAGCCUCUAACCAAUCAAACCUUCACCACGGAAGGAAAGGAGCAGGAUUACUCAUAUAUUUUCCAGGUGUGUGGAGAUGCUGGUGGACUAAAGGAUGCAGGUCUUGUGCAGAAAGAAAAAAAAGGAGAAAAGCUGGUCCGAAUUGGGAACUACACCAAAACACGUGCUAUCAGAGGAAGUGACUGGGUUCUGCUCUUCUAUGAAGGGGGAGAGAAUUACGACACCCACUGUUCAAAAGAGCCAAGAAGAGCAAUGAUUAUGAUUUCAUGCAGCACAAGCACAAAGAAUGAUUUUACAGUGGUUUUGGAGGACAAUCAGAAGCAACAGGGCUGUUAUUACCUGUUUGAGCUGGACUCCAGUGCAGUCUGUCCUCUAAUCCCAUCCAAACUCAGUGCCGGCUCCAUAUUCCUUAUUAUUGUACUCUGCUGCCUGGCUGUGUAUAUCACUGGUGGAUUCCUCUAUCAGCGACUGGUAGUUGGCGCCAAGGGAGUCAAACAGUUCCCUAACUAUGCCUUUUGGUCAGAGUUCGGCAACUUAACUGCUGACGGAUGCGAUUUUGUCUGUCGUUCUCGAGGCAACAGAGAGGAGCCACCUACAUACAGAGGUGUGGGUACUGACCCACUUGGGGAGGAGCCAGAGGAAAGGGAUGACCACUUACUUCCCAUGUGACCAAAUCACAUCAGCCAAUGAGAAGAGGCUGAGCAGUUAUUAUACGGUUUUGGAUCCCAAAGAAAGAGAUUCAGUUCAGCAGGCAUGUUCCUAUUUCAGAAGUGCUGCUGUUUUUUUUUUGUUUUUUGUUUUUUCUAUUAUUUUUUUUUACUUCCCAAUGGCAUUCAUUCUUUAUUAAUCCUUUAAAUUGCUGAUUUGGUGUUUGUUAAAUGUAAAAGUUUGCUAGCUAGUUUUCCAAAAUCCAAAAACCCUCAAUUAUAUUUGCUGAUUAGAUAUUAGUAAUAAGAUAACAUGCAACACUGGCCCUGUUUUCUCUCUUUAUAGGAAGUAAAAGACAUCAACGCUGCUUGACUGUAAUAUGGUCACCACAAAGAUGUAGUUUGCUAUAAGGACUUAAUUUGAUUAGAAUACAGUUUUACGUGCAGUAUGAACCCUCGUUUGAUGAAAGUGAAAUUAAUUUUAUAAGCUUAUGCUCCACCAACUCAAUCGAUGAAUUGUUUAAAAAUUUUUUUUUUUAUUUCCGAGUUAACUAAAAAUUAAUUAAAAAAGAUUAUUUGAAAAACCGAACUCACAAAUAUACUCUGCUUUACAUUCCAAAUGAGCUGCUUGUGGAAUGUUGUGUUCGUAUAAAUUACGAACACAACGAACACUGUUACAGGCUAUAGGUCAUGUUUCUGAAUGAUGUUAUUAAUGAUAAAUCAUAAAGGUUAUUAAUAAGAUAGAUUUGAAGAGAAUGAUGCUGUCUAGGUGUUCUGGGAGAGACCCAUUUGUGGCACAUUACUCUUGAUAAUUAACAGUUGAAGUGAAACAACAUGAAAGGAAAUGUGUUUUCAUUUGGUUGGUUUUCUUUUCACUUUGGCUACUUGAUUUCGCAAAAAGUUUAUUAAUUCUUUGACUGUGGGAUCUAUUUCAUACAGUAUAGGUUACUGUAAAUCCUCACUGGAAACCACAGGACAAAUUCCAGACUAUGACAGAAGCACCAUUAUGUUUUUCUUUCACCGCUUUUGUACUGUGUGUUUUGUUUGAAUGCACUGAAGCUUUUUUCUUUUUAGUGGAGUCAUAAAUUUUCCCUAAACAUAACCAUGUUCUUGAGCAGCCAAGAUUAUGAAUGAGCUUAAACACUCCCGUUUUUUGAGGUAUGUAGAUCAUAACCUUUCACCUAUUUAAAGAACCAGGAGGAAGAGAGCUGAUGGUUAUAAACCCAAGCCAUACAAGGUGCUCUAUUAUUAUGUUUUAGCGAAGUUUUUGUCUGUGUAUAAAUGUCAGUUAGAGGCUCCUUAAAAAGCUGGUUUAGCUUCUGCUUUAUUAACUAAAGUCCAUAUUAAUUGCAGAAAGGUAUGAUGCAUUUGUCUUGAUUCUGAUGUACUGUACUUCAUCAGAUACAAGCCCGUGCAAAGACGUGACUUCACUGUUCUUGCUACUGCUUUAUUGUGUACAAUUUUAGUAUGAAAAAAAAUACGAAUUUUGUUUGCUUUGGAAUUAUUGAGGAGAUAUUGAGUGUGAAUAAAGUGUUUGAUUGCU